UGCUAGGGAAGCUUGCAGGGUCCGUGAGAGAGGGAGGACAGGAAUGCCCACCGGCGUGUCAGUCGUGGGGUGAGGAUCGCAGUGCACAGGCGCAACACAGUUGGCUUCCCCUUCCCCCUCUUCACUAUAGAUUCCGGGGCCUCAGCUUUAGUGCAAGGAGAAGGUGGUGUAGGAUUUCCCCCCAAGGAAAGGAGUACAACCCAGGAGAGUAUCCCUGCUCUGCAACCUUUCAUCCAGCUCCAGGGCAGUAGUGAAGCCAGUCCUUCUCGCAGCUGGGCAGAAAGGACAUGAAUGAAGUCAGAGUAAUGAGAAAACACAAAGGAUGGGCAAGCAUUGGAGACGUGGUCUUGACACGUCAGGAGGAGGAUAUAGCUCUUCCCAAAGUCAGCAAGAUAGAGGAGAAGGAAGGAGGGACUUCUGGAGGCCUGGCUGCCAGGUUUCAGGAAUUUUUGACAUUCAAGGAUGUGGCUGUGGAGUUCACCUGGGAAGAGUGGAGACACCUGGAUUCUGCCCAGAGGGCCCUGCACAGGAAUGUGAUGUUGGAGAACUAUGAGAACCUGGUCUCUAUAGGGAUUCCCGUUUCCAAACUAGAUUUGCUCUUCCUGUUGAAGAGAGAAGAUGUACAGAAUGAAGAGGGAGAAGCUGGGACAGGAGCUUGUAUAGAAGGAAAGAUCAGACUUGAAAUGAAAGAGAUGACUGCAGAGCUAAGCCUGUCUGGGGAAGAAACUCAGAAGCAAAGAUGCAUCGGUGAUGGUGCCUGUGAUUCCACUUGGAGAGAAAACUUGGAUGUACAUCAGAGAAUCCACACUGGAGAGAAACUUUUAAAAUGUAAUCAGUGUGGAAAGGCUUUUACCCAGAAGGCUGGUCUUAUCAUACAUCAGAGAAUCCACACUGGAGAGAAACCUUUUAAAUGUAAUCAGUGUGGAAAGGCUUUUACCCAGAAGGCUGGUCUUAUCAUACAUCAGAGAAUCCACACUGGAGAGAAACCUUUUAAAUGUAAUCAGUGUGGAAAGGCUUUUACCCAGAAGGCUGGUCUUAUCAUACAUCAGAGAAUCCACACUGGAGAGAAACCUUAUGAAUGUAAUCAAUGUGGUAAAACAUUUGCAAAGAGAGCUUAUCUUACUGUACAUCAGAGAAUCCACACUGGAGAGAAACCUUAUAAAUGUAAUCAAUGUGGAAAAGCUUUUAUACAAAGGGCGAGUCUUACUGUACAUCAGAGAAUCCACACUGGAGAGAAACCUUAUGAAUGUAAUCAAUGCGGUAAAACAUUUGCAAAGAGAGCGCAUCUUACUGUACAUCAGAGAAUCCACAUUGGAGAGAAACCUUUUGAAUGUAAUCAGUGUGGAAAAGCUUUCAGACUCAAGUACAGUUUUAAUCUACAUCAAAGAAUCCACAAUGGAGAGGCUCCUUUUGAAUGUCAUCAAUGUGGAAAGGCUUUUACACAGAAGUCUCAUUUUACGGCACAUCAGAGAAUCCACACUGGAGAGAAACCUUUUGAAUGUAAUCAGUGUGGAAAGACUUUUACACACAAAUCUGGUCUUACUGUACAUCAGAGAAUCCACACUGGAGAGAAACCUUUUGAAUGUAAUCUCUGUGGAAAGGCUUUUACACAGAAGUGUGGUCUGACUGUACAUCAGAGAAUCCACACUGGAGAGAAAUCUUAUGACUGUUACCGGCUUAGUAAAAUCCUCAGUCAAAAGUCAACCAUUAUUUCCCCUCAGGCACUGCCAAGACAGUAAACAGCAGUCCUUGGGGGCAGCUGUGUGCACCCCAGCCAUACCUUUGGGAACUUUUGCUCUACUGAUGACCCUGGGGUCGCCUGCUAACUAAAGGAAGAUUGCAGGACCCUCCACUGGCCCUGGACGUGGGGCCUCAGCACAUUGAUCAGACAUGGUCCCAGGCUGUGCCUAAUGAUGGAGGAGCACACAAGUAAGAGCAAUGGUUUUGUCUCACUUGGAAGUAAUCCAAGUCUAAGGUUCACAUAAUCAAGCUGAAUCCCUUUCUUUUUCCCGAUGGAAUCAUGAGUAUGAUUAGUACUUCAAUUUAGGAAGAUGAGAAAUAGAGACUGCUUGGUGUCUCAUGGCAGGAGACUUCAGGGGCCUAGAAAGGAGCCUCCAUGAUCUUCAGUGUUAGGUCUAGUCCUUUAAAUCAAGAAAAAGAGAGUCACAUACUGAAGCCAGAGCGUGCAUUGACUACUAGGAAAGACAUCAGAAUGCAGAAUAGAGAUUGAGAUUGAGGCCUAGUAUCAGCCCUGGCCUAGUCUAUUAGUCAGUAAACAUUAAUGAAGCACCUACUAUGUUCUAGCCUCUGAGGACACAAAGGGAAACAAAACACAGUCCCUGUUGUCAGAGCUCAGAAUCUAGUAUACAAACAUAGUGAUAGUCAAGAAGCAGUAAAAGAUCAUAAACCUGACUGUUAAAUGAUCCAGGGAAAAGAGGGUGUUUUAUGAAUGGAAAUCCAUUUAAUUAAACAGGGAAAUAAGUGAAUAGAAGUAUGAGAACAAUUCAGUUUAAGAAGGGCAGAAUUGGGGAACAAAGAGUAAAAAUCAAAAUCAUAAGGAAAAAAAGUAAUAUCUAGCAGUUAAAUAGCACCUACUGUAUGCAGUGCAUUUUAUCAAUAUUACCUCAUUUGGUUCUCAUAAGAAUCAUAAGGGUUAAAAUUCUUAUUACUUUAUCCAUUGUGCCACUUAGCUACUUAAUUGGAAUUGGUUGAUGAGAGCAGUUUGUUUCAGUACCAUGAAUGUAGCUGAAGCAAACACUAUGGAAGCAUUUAGAGUUUGAUCAGACAUCAACGACUCCAAGAUAAUUCACCGUAUCUGGGGGCAUUGCAAGUCAUCUUGUCUUUUGCAACAUGAGCAAUAUGGAAAUCAGUUUUAUAUGACUGCACAUGUAUAAUCUAUAUCAGAUUGCUUGCCAUCUCAAGGAGCAGGAUAUGAAAGUAGGGAGGGAGAGAAUUUGAAACUCAAAAUUAAAAAAAAAAUGCUGGGUCACCAGAGCCAAGACAGCAGACAGAAAUCAGGGAUUUACCUAAAGUUUCCCAAAUUCUCCUCGAUAUGAUUAAAUGUCUCAAAACAUUCUGGAACAGAAGAACUCCAAAAAGGAUGAGGUUCAAGAAUUUUUUUGCCUAGAGACUUUAGAAGGCCAGCAAGAAAGAUCAAUCCCACCAUGGUUAAAGUGGAGCAAAGUCUAGCGCAGGCUAUACCUUAACAGAAUAAUAGCAAGGCCAUGCCUUACUCUGUCAGCAGCAAAGCCAUGUGCCCUGACCCAUCAGCAGCAGGCCCUUAAGGGAACUGAACUGGCAGAAACAACUUCUGGAGCUCUUAGUCCACAGACAGUAAGGGCAGGGGGUGGUCAGACAAUUUAACAGGAGAUCAGAGGUCCUUUUUCUAGCAUUGUGUGCAGGAGUCUGUUUCAUAGCUCAUAUGUGGGUUCUAGUUCCAGGCCUGGUGGCCGUCCCAAUGUAAGAACCUCCAUUAGCGACAAGCACUAGAAGUAAUAGAAUUUGCACCCAUGAGGGAUUUGGGAUGUUGAUCACAGUUCCAAAAUGUGAAAUAAAAGGCUGGUUAUUCACAGUCCAGAGUAUAAGCCAAGAGAGUAGUGAACAUACCUCUUUGUAUAUCACAUCACCUUGGAAGAAGUGAAAAUGUAUAGAACCACUCAACCCCAUUCCAACACCACCUCUUAAAGCACUUAUAUUAAAAAAAAAAAUACCAAGCUUCUAACAAUGCCUCCUCUACCCAGGAGCAGACUUAAAAUUUAGCAUAAAAGUCAAGAAAUAGGCUACGGAAAUGAACAAACAACUUUGAAAAAGCACUUCACCAUAAAAAGUUACUGGGGUGACAAAAAGAUCAAAACAAACUGAAAAUGACAAAGUCUCAAUGAAAAAUGUGAAUUGAUUUCGGGAACAAAAAAUCCUAGAAGAGCUGAAAAAAAAGAUUUUAAAACUCAAAUAAGAGAAAUAGAGGGAAAUUGAGAAAAUAAUUGAGUGAUAAAUAAAAUAAAAUUUUUUAAAUGGUCUGUAGUUUGGCAAAGGAGGCACUAAAAUACUGAAUAAAAAGAUAUUAAAAAACAAUAAAUGAAGCGUUGAAAAGGGUACCAAAAUCCAUUGAAAAAAGGAACUUCUUUAAAAUCAAAAUUGGCCAAAUGAUAUAAGAGAUACAAAUAUAUAUUGAAGAGAACUUCUUAAAAAGUAGAACUAGCCAAAUGGAAGAGACUCUAAAUGAACACCGUAAUGAGAAUAUCAACAAUAUAGAAAUGAGUUCGAAGCAAGGACACAUGUCAUACCCAGUGGAAUCGUUCGUUGGCUAAGGGAGGAGUGGGAAGAGGGGGGGGGGGUGGAAAAGAAAAUGAUCUUUGUUUCCAAGGAAUAAUGUUUGAAAAUGAACAAAUAAAAUAAAAAAAUAGAGCUAGUCAAAUGGAAAGUAGAGCUACAAAAGUUAAAUGAAGAAAAUAAUUCCUUAGAAAUUAGAAUUGGGCAAGUGGAAACUAAUGCCUCCAUGAGAUGUUAAGAAAUAUUUUAAAUCAAAAGAAUAAAUAAAUAGAAAAAAAGUGAAAUAUCUCAUUGGAAAAAUAUCUGACCUGGAAUCAAUGCAGGAGAGAUAAUUGAAUGACUGUACAAGCUAAAAGCUAGGAUUAAAAAAAAAAAGCUAAAUUCCAGGGCUCCCAGAUUAAGCAGGAAAUAUAGCAAACAAUCCCCUGAAUUGAAACAAAAUUCAAAUAUUGUGUAGUCAUUAUACCACAAGAUUUAGCAGCUUUGAUAUUAAAUGAUUGGUGAAUUUGGAAUAUGAUAUUCCAGAGUGUAAAAGAACUAGGAUUAUAACCAAGCAUCAUCCACCCAGUAAAACUGAGUACAAAUAUUCAUGAGGAAAAAAAUGAAUGUUCAGUGAAAUAGAGGUCUCCUCAAGCACUCUUUGUGAAAGGGACAAAGCUGAAAAGAAAAUCUGAUUUUCAAAUAUAAAUCUCAAGAGAUGCAUAAAGGAAAAGAAAUCCUAGAUCAGUCAGUAAAUUUAAGCUGCUUAUGUUCCUACAUGAAAAGAUGAUAUUUAUAAUUCCUAGGAACCUUAUUGUUAGAUGGGCAUGGGUAUGAGUUUAUAAUGAGAUGAAUGCAUAAAAAAAUUAAGGGGUGAGAAGGAUGCAUUUUAAGGUUCGUUUGUUCAACGAUUAAAGUCCUACGUGAUCUGAGUUCAGACCGGAGAAACCCAGGUCGGUUUCUAUCUAUAUAAUUACUUCUCCCAGUACGAAAGGACAAGAGAAUUAAGGCCAACAUUAUAAACAAGCCUUACAACUAACUAAUGAACCUAUCUUAAUUAGUUAGUGCAAGUUUUUAUUACUCUAGAAAAGAGUUAUUAAGGUGGCAGAGCAGGUAAUUGCAUAAAACUUAAGCCUUUAUUAUCAGAGGUUCAACCCCUCUCCUUAAUACAUGUUCCUAGUCAACCUACUAAUUUAUAUUAUUCCCAUUCUACUAGCAGUAGCUUUUUUUAACAUUAAUUGAACGAAAAGUUCUAGGUUACAUACAACUCCGAAAAGGCCCUAACGUCAUCGGACCAUACGGUAUUCUACAACCAUUUGCAGACGCGGUUAAACUAUUUACAAAAGAACCACUCUGACCUCUAACAUCAUCAGUUUCAAUAUUUAUUAUUGCACCUAUUCUAGCUUUAACCUUAGCCCUAACAAUCUGAACCCCCUUACCUAUACCCCACACCCUAAUUGACUUAAACCUAGGACUUUUAUUUAUCCUAGCCCUAUCAGGAUUGUCUGUUUACUCAAUCCUAUGGUCAGGAUGAGCAUCAAAUUCUAAAUAUGCACUCAUUGGAGCCUUACGAGCUGUAGCCCAAACAAUUUCAUAUGAAGUCACAUUAGCAAUUAUCUUACUUUCAAUUAUACUAAGUAAUGGCUCCUUUACCUUAAAAAAAUUUAAUAAUUACCCAAGAAAAUUUAUGGUUAAUUAUAACCGCAUGGCCCCUAACUAUAAUAUGAUAUAUCUCCACAUCAGCCGAAACAAACCGAGCUCCUUUUGACCUAACAGAAGGAGAAUCAGAAUUAGUAUCAGGCUUUAAUGUUGAAUAUGCCGCAGGACCAUUUGCUAUAUUUUUCCUAGCAGAAUAUGCAAAUAUCAUAGCAAUAAAUGCCAUAACAACAAUUCUUUUUCUUGGUCCCUCACUAAACCACAAUUAUCCACAUAUUAGUACUACUAAUUUUAUAUUUAAAACAAUAUUAUUAACAUCAGCCUUUUUAUGAGUAGGAGUAUCAUACCCUCGCUUUCGAUAUGAUCAAUUAAUGUACUUACUAUGAAAAAGCUUGCUACCAAGCACCCUAGCACUAUGUUUAAUGUUUAUUUCUAUUCCAAUCGCACUAUCAAGCAUCCCACCACAAAUAUAAGAAAUAUGUCUGACAAAAGAAUUAUCUUGAUAGGAUAAAUUAUAGGGGUUUAAACUCCCUUAUUUCCAGAACAAUAGGAAUCGAACCUACAUUCAAGAACUCAAAAUUCUACAUUCUAGUAAGGUCAGCUAAAUAAGUUAUCGGGCCCAUACCCCGAAAAUGUUGGUUUAUACCCUUCCCAUAUUAAUGUCCCCCUAUGUAUUAACCAUUGUUUCGCUCAGCUUAUUAACAGGAACUUCAGUAACUCUAAUUAGCAAUCACUGGUUAACUGCCUGAGUAGGCCUAGAAAUUAAUACACUAGCUAUUAUUCCAUUAAUAACUUACCCCCACCACACAUGAAAUACAGAAUCAGCUAUUAAAUAUUUCAUAACCCAAGCUAUAGCUUCAAUAAUCCUAAUAUUUUCUAUUAUUUAUAAUGCAUCCUUUACUAACCAAUGAACCAUUAGUCAUAUACCCAAUCAAUGAGCUUCACUACUAAUAACCCUAGCCCUAGCAAUAAAACUAGGGUUAGCUCCAUUUCACUUUUGAGUGCCAGAAGUUACACAAGGAAUUCCACUCCUAUCUGGCAUAAUACUCCUAACAUGACAAAAAAUUGCUCCUAUCUCAAUUAUAUAUCAGAUUUCACCCUCACUAAAUAUAUAUGUAUUAAUAAUUUUAAGCAUCCUAUCAACACUCCUAGGAGGCUGAGGGGGAUUGAAUCAGACACACCUACGAAAAAUAUUAGCAUACUCAUCAAUUGCUCACAUAGGAUGAAUAACCAUUAUUAUCAUAAUUUACCCCACACUUACUAUAUUAAACUUAUUAAUUUAUUUUACUACAACUAUUACUAUGUUCCUUAUACUUAACCAUUCAUCAAUAACUAAAAUUAAUUCACUGUCAACCCUAUGGAACAAAUCCACCCCUAUAAUUAUUAUUAUCAUACUAACUCUUCUAUCCUUAGGAGGACUACCCCCAUUAACAGGUUUUAUACCUAAACUUUCUAGCAGUUUAUUUUGUGAUGACAAAGAACUGGAAAUUGAGGGGAUGCCCAUCAAUUGAGUAAUAAAUGAAGUUUUGGUAUAAUGAUUAUGACUAUACUGUUGUGCUAUAAGAAACGAUGAGAAUACAAAAACUUUUUAAUUUGAUGUAUUUAUUUUGCAUUUUGUAACUCUUUCUAAGUAUUGCUUGGUUUUGAAGUCUUUCCCUUCCCAAAGGUUUGACAUGUAUGCUAUUCUGUGUUCGCCUAAUUUUCUUAUAGUUUCCUUCUUUAUGUUUAUCUUCUGCUUGUGGAUAGUGUUUUUUAGAUCCCUACAGAUUGUUCAGGGACAUUACACCGCCACUAAAGGAGAAGUCCAUUACGUUCGAUUAUACUACAGUGUGUUUGUCUCUGUGUACAAUGUUCUCCUGGUUCUGCUCCUCUCGCUCUGCAUCACUUCCUGGAGGUUGUUCCAGUCUCCAUGGAAUUCCUCCACUUUAUUAUUCCUUUUUGCACAAUAGUAUUCCAUCACCAACAUAUACCACAAUUUGCUCAGCCAUUCCCCAAUUGAUGGGCAUCCCCUCGUUUUCCAAUUUUUGGCCACCACAAAGAGCGCAACUAUGAAUAUUUUUGUACAAGUCUUUUUGUCCAUUAUCUCUUUGGGGUACAAGCCCAGCAGUGCUAUGGCUGGGUCAAAGGGUAGAUAUUCUUUUAUGGCCCUUUGUGCAUAGUUCCAAAUUGCCCUCCAGAAUGGUUGGAUCAAUUCACAACUCCACCAGCAAUGAAUUAAUGUCCCUACUUUGCCACAUCCGCUCCAGCAUUCAUUACUUUCCUUUGCUAUCAUGUUAACCAAUCUGCUACAUCCAAGACAAUUCUGAAGGACCCUAGAUAAAAAAUGCUACUUCCAAAGAAAACUGAUGGAGUCUGAAUGCAGAUCAAAGUCUUCCUUGAUUAGAUUUGCUUUUGUCGGGUCUUGGAAUGCAGGAGGGAAAAGAAUGCCUCAAAUUCUCUUCAACUGGAGACUCAAAUCAUGUUACUUCAAGAAGCAUUUCUGAAUCAGUUCUCAUUUAUAAAACACCUACUAAGGGCCAGGCAGUAGACUAAGUGCUAAGGAUUAAAAAAAAAAAGAAUGAAAUGAUUAUUCCCUGGAGGAGCUUGCAUUCUAAUGGUUUAAGUCAAUAAGCAUUUGUUAAGCAUCUGAGACCCCAAGAAAUAGUAGUUGCUGGAGAUAUCAGGCAUUGAUUGAAAACAAAAACCGGAAACAACUUGCAAAUACUAAAUUUCCUCAAAUCCCAGCAUGCCCACAUCUGCAUUUCCAUUUCUACUAUUAAGGUCUUAGGUCUCAGAAUGGCUUAUUAAGUCCUGCAGGAGAAGUGAGAGCAAAAAUAGGGGGCCUGUCGAGGAGCCUCUAGAAGUUUUACUUCUAAAAUUUGAAAUAUAGGAAUGAUGAAACAAUGGCUGAGGCACUUCCCAGAUACAGCUUAUAGGCUUCUAAAAGGUCUAGCUCAGAAAUUUCCUUAUUUCAAUUUGUGGAGCUCCUGAAAGGCUUCUGGGGUCAACAUGAGUUGUAGGUGCUGAUUAAGCAACAAAUCUGGACCCAGAGCCAUAAACAAGUCCAGUCUCGAAGCUACACAGGACAAUUGAGAGUUUCCAACAAAGCAAUCUGGUUUUCCCACAGGUUCUAGAUAUGCUUCAAGAAGAUGUCCACAAAGGCAUGUGAAACCUCAACAGCAUCAUCGUAGAGUCAGGCUGGCUCCAGAGCUCCCUCCUGAAUUUCACAGGUUGGGUUUUCCAUAUGAUAUCUCAGAAAUGAGGCAAGUCUAAGCAGGGGCUUUCUAAAGGUAUCAGAAAUAGAUCCAAGCUUCAAUCUUCCACAGUGAUAGUAUUCACAAGGCUCUUCUCCAGCCAGAGUUGUUUUCUGGUAAAAAGCAAAGGGAAUGUUGGCUCUACGGUUUCCCCAUCAAUUAUUGGGAAGACUACUACAAAUGAUCUCAUGUAACCUUGUGCUCUAGGCCUUUCCAUCUCCUUUCCCUUUGAGAUUUGAUUGAUUAAUAUUUUCUUCUUUAUGCUGGAAAGGAGAUAAACAACUUUCUCCUUCCAGACUGAAUCCUUUUGGUGACAGACAAAUAAGGAAACCAAAUCAGAGACAGUGAAUGCAAUUUCAUGGGCACAUCUGUCAGUGAAGAUAACCUACCCUGGGAGUCAAGUCUUCUGAUCCUCUAGGGAAGAGGGAGGCCUGAGACAGCCACUGUUUGAUAAAAUUGCUCAGAGAUCUACUUGUGUCAGUCUUCCUAUUGACACUACUGGAAUCACUGAGUAUGAAUAAUAUAAACUGUAUGUGGUUCUACUGGCUCCAUCCAUUUCUUGCUAGAUGGGUACAAUGAGAAAAAAUUGGACCUUCACCCUAUUUGAAUAGCCCUCUGCCCCUCCUUAAUCAAUGAUUUUACCCCUAGAUUCAUUGCUAAUCAAUAUAAUCCAGUUUAAAGCCAUUCCAUAAGGGGACUGAUUAUUUCUUGUGUAUUAAAAGUCAUUAUUGUACAAUGAGUCAGUUAAGGAUAAUCAACUAAUCCCAAUAUGUAACAGAGUUAAGAAUAAUUAGAGUAGGUUAAAUAGAUCCUAUCUUAUAGUAGAUUGUCAACUUGUCAUUACCAUGUACUUCACUGAGCACAAGAGUGUCCUAACUAGAGGACCUCCAUCGAUGUGGCCUGAUGACUAAGUAGGCAAGGAAGACCCCCAAAACUCCAGCCUGGAUGGUCUGAGUACUGUAGGAUAGAAAUGUUCUAAUGGGUUGGAAGGUCCCUGCAAAAUGUAAAAUGUCCCCUUGUUAGGAGUCUGUUGGCCAACAUUUAGGUGGGAUUCUGUCUUCUCUGUACAUACAUUUGUAAGUCUAUUACUCAACAAUAGAGGUGGAGAUCUACUAGACCUUUACUCUGUGAACCCCAAAGUGACUGUGGGACCCCCAAGGAGAUUCUGUACUUUGUACUGUCCCAUCUGAACUGUCUGGGAUUUAAGGAUUAUAAAACAAGACUCUGAACACGAAGUGGUCUCAGAUAGUGGCCAGGUCCCUUUAAUAAAUAGUAAUUGACUCAGAGCUCUGCCUCAGUGACUUUAUUUAUAGGUUAGAUCAUUUCUGGAAUUACAUUAUGGUUACCCCAGAUAGGAUGAUGAGGUGUGAACCUUCCCUAGAUGCUAUACCCCAUUCCUUAAGGUACUCCUCCCCCUUUAAAAAAUAGGAAGCUAGUACCUGGAUGAAUUUUCACCAUUGGCUCAUCUGCCAACAAAGACUUGGGUUGGUGGGACCAUCUAUUGUUCCUACCCAAAUUCUCCAAGCUUAAGAUGUCUCCCCAAGGCUACGGAUUGGUGAAUUUACCUGAAAUCACCCCCCCACAACACCCCACAAAUUUAAAAGGGUAAAAGGUCCCAAUUGUAUUAAAAGUGACUAUUUGGGUGUAUGACUAAAUUAUGUGAAUUAACCAGCACUUAUUUAAAUUGCUUGAAUUAUUAGGCCAUAUUUUCUGCUUUUAAAGCCUAGGUUGAUUUUUUUCCUCCUUUUUUCUUAUCAGAGCUAGGGAGGUAUAACGGAAUCACUGCUACUGCCACUUUUUCAGCCUCCAACCAGGAAAACCAACAAACCAAAAAAUAUUUUAAGUUUCAAACAGAUUUUUUACUUUCUGGUGGUCAGGGAUGGAAGUUAUUUUUUUUUUAAGGAUAUAUACAUUUUAUUGCUUAUAAUAUUAAUAAAGUCAUUUUCAGUGAUAUUAGGGUUUCUGCUUCAGACACUGAAGACCUAAGUGGCUCAUCUGAGGCCCCCAAUGCCCCAUUUCAGGAAUUUGAAAUUGGAGAACUUUCUAAAAUAGUUCCCUGAAUCCUAAGAGUAUUAAUUAUAAUCCAGGACCCCAUAAUGAUGCACUCAGUACCUCCAGGAUUAGUGCACCAUCCUUCUAGUUAGAGAGAGGGAAUAAGAUAGGGGUACAAUCUUCAGAAGAGGAACCUCUAAGAC